GCGGCCAUGGCAGCACCCGUCGAUGCCCGCGCCGACUGGGACCUGCCCGCCGUGCCGGGCGCUGACUUCGCUCCACGCUGGGACCUGGAGCUGACGGGCUCCAGGGCGGCACUCCUCCAGGAGUUUGCGGAGUGGGUGCGAUCCGAGGGCCUGCCCGAGACUCCGGACCCUGACCUCGUCAAAUUCGUCCACAGCUGUGAAUAUGAUCUCGAGAAAGCGAAGAAGUGUGCCAAGGAUUUCUACUGGUCCCGAGACGCGGUUCCGGAGUUAUUCUCCGGGUGGGACGCAACUUUACCCCAUUUCCAAAGCGUUUUUGACACAGUAACGUAUGCCAUCAUGCCCAGGCGGACCCCAGACAACUUCCGCGUGAUAUUCAACUCUCUAAAGACUUCGGACACAACGAAUUACGUGAUUGUCGACAUAACCAAGGUGACACUCAUGGUGGUUGAGUCCAUUUUCCUGACGGAGCCUACAGUCAGUGGUAUUGUGAUAAUUCAAGAUUUGGAGAAGGCAACUUUCAGCCACUUCGUCAAGUACGUUUGGUCGCUGCCGAGAAAAAUCCAAGUCUAUUUUGAGGACGGGGUUCCUUUGAAACGGGAAAAAGUCCACCUAAUCAACUGCCCUGGUAUUGUCGAUAAAGGUUUGAAGUUCAUGGGCCGGAUGAUAAGAAAAGAAGACCGGGACAGGAUGCAAUCUUACAGUGGCGAUGACUAUUCUGAAUUGUACAAGUUUGUGCCUAAAGAUUGCUUGCCGAGUGAUGUUGGAGGGAACCUGCCUCCGUUAGAAGAACUCCACGAGCUGACUGUUCAACGACUAAUAGAUUUUAAAGAAGUCUUCCAGAAGCAUUCGCCAGGGGUCAAAACGGAAUGAAGAGAAAAGCUGGGAUAACGCGCAGCAACACUACUGAAAGAAUAUUAGAUUAGGCAGUAGUUUCAUGAAACAAAAUUGAAUUCUGCUGGCCGAUAGAAACACUUAACAACGUGCUGUUGACUCGUGCAACUCAGAAAAAAAACCUAUGAUCUCUCUAAUUUUUGUGCGGAUGAUUUAUUUUUAUUUCACAUAUCAUGACAACCAUCGAUAUCGAUCAUUUGUACAAUAAAUUUCAACGACACUGUUUUUACAUCAUAA